AUGCAAUCUUUUCUCACAAGUUGGUUCAUCAAUGGCCUCUCUUCUCUACACUACCUUAAUGCUAAUAGCUUUGAUCUCUUCCCCCGCGAUAUGCCUUGCUUUUCCGGGGUUCAGCUUUGGAUGGGGUGUUGGCAGUGGUAGUGGCGGUGGAGAAGGGUCUUUUGGUAGCAGUGGAGAUGAGCCUUUUGGCGGCGGCCAAGGGUAUCCUGGUCUUUUCCCAGAAUUUUACAGUUUGUCAUGUCCUCAAGCUAAUGACAUUGUCAUGUCAGUUCUUGAGAGUGCCAUUGCUAAAGAUCCAAGGAUGGCUGCUUCUUUACUAAGGCUUCAUUUUCAUGAUUGCUUUGUUCAGGGAUGUGACGCAUCUGUCUUGUUGGAUGAUAGUGCAAUGUUUGCAAGCGAAAAGAACUCCGGGCCUAAUAGUAAUUCGAUCAGAGGAUUUGAAGUGAUCGAUGAGAUCAAGUCUAAAUUAGAGGAAGCAUGUCCUGAGACGGUUUCUUGUGCUGACAUUCUUGCCCUUGCGGCUCGAGGUUCCACUGUUCUAAGUGGUGGACCGAACUGGGAAUUGCCAUUAGGAAGGAGAGAUGCAAUGCAAGCAAGUCUAAACGGCGCGAACAACAAUCUUCCUCCACCAAACUCCACCAUUCAAAACCUUAUCACACUUUUCCGGCGACAAGGCCUUGAUGAAGUUGACUUGGUCUCUCUUUCUGGAGCUCAUAGCAUAGGAAUGGCUAGAUGCACUUCAUUUAAGCAAAGGCUAUACAAUCAAGAUGGAAACAAUCAACCGGAUUCAACUCUGGAGAUGACCUACUACAAUGACUUAAAAACAGUUUGCCCACAAACCGGCGGCGAUGACAACAUUUCUCCUCUAGAUUUUGAAUCUCCUGCAAGAUUUGAUAACACAUAUUUCAAGCUCAUAAUGCGGGGAAAAGGACUUUUAACUUCUGAUCAAGUUCUUUUGACAGGGAAUGUUGAAGAAACUAUGUUUCUGGUUAAGGCAUUCACAGAGGAUGAUGCUCUCUUCUUUGACCAGUUUGCUAGGUCAAUGGUUAAAAUGGGAAAUAUCAAUCCCCUCAUUGGUUAUAACGGCGAAGUGAGGAAGAACUGUCGAAUGGCUAACUAACUAUAACUAUAUAUAACAAUGCGUGCUAUAGAUUCGAUCAUGAGUUGUAUGAUAUGGCUUUAUCUAAGUUCUCUAUUUUCUUGUAAUGCUGGAAUGGAAACACUAGUUUCUAAUGAACUUAAGUAUGGUUUCUUAUUGAA